AUGUACAACCUGGGUACUGCAUUUUACUCCGGCUCAAAGAUUGGCUUGAUAGAUGUGCGCUCGUAUCAUACUAUGAGUGAGGCUACAGCUGGGGUGAGGUACUUGAUGUACUAUCAUCAACAAGGGUUAGAUGAGGCAGAAAGGCAGCUCCUACAGCGUCUAUUUUGGCUCUUGUUCGCUGGGUCGUGCACCGUAGAUAUACUCGGUAGGCUUCCGAUCAGCAUCUUAGCACAGGAUCAGCUGGAUGCGUUUGCUCGACCUUUGGAGAAAAGUGACGAGCAGUUGGAUCCUCCAGUCGCCCAAGAGGAUUGCCAAGAAUGGCAUGGCAACUAUACAAGCUAUGUCCCAGGUCUAAAUUGCCUCAGUAAUCUCUACUUGAUUUGGCAAGAAGCCCGAUCUACCAACAGCUCCAACCCGGUAGAGACGUACUUGAAAGGGCUCCAGCGCGUCAUGGACAAUUUCCCUCCCGAACUUCGCUGGCGAGGUGGUCUUUCCCGACCUUCUAAUGUGACCUAUGGCCAUGAUGUCCAGGUCGCAAAUUUGUUCGUCACUAGCUUACACAUUCGCUCUAAUUUGAUCCAGCGAUUUGGUACGCCGGAAAUCAGACUAAAAGAGCAUCCCAAAAUAAUAGACGAUCUACUUGAGGUGCUUUAUCAUCUUCCACAGGCCGUAUUCGAUGCGAACGGGAGCAGCUUGGUCCCAAAGAUUCGCGACAUGGGGGCAGCAUAUUUGGAACAGAUUCGGAUGACGGGGUUGGAAAGAAGUGAUAGGGAUGACGAAUCACAAGGGAAGCUGACGCGUCUGUUGCAGAAACUGGAUGAGCUUGACUAUCAGCAAGUUAUUGAUUAG